AUGUGUCUUAAAAAUUCAGCGGAUACUAAUUUAGCGGAAACCAAUGUGAAAUCAAACAUUUCAAGAAAGGAACAGAAUGCUUUAAAAGAUUUGAGUGAGGAUUCGUCCAUCAUUAUUAAAGAAGCGGACAAAGGAGGUGCAAUAGUUAUAAUGGAUAGAGACCAUUACAAGGAAAUGGUAAUGAGUCAACUUCAAGAUGAUCAGUUUUAUAAAAAACUUGACCAAAAUGGAGACCGCCAAACAAUGCGUAGAAUUGAACGACUUACGAAAAAAUUUGCUGGUGAGUUUACUAAGAAUGAAAUAGAUUAUCUCACACAUUUUGAAGUUAAAACCAGCAAUUUCUACGGUCUACCAAAAAUUCACAAAUCCAAGGAAAUCCAGGAAAAUAUCAAAAGAUGUGAAAAUACAUAUAUAAAAAUUCCGAAACCCUCGGAUUUAAAACUCCGUCCCAUUAUAGCAGGACCAUCCUCAUGUACACAAAGACUGAGCAAUCUACUUGAUUUGAUUCUCAAACCAUUGUGCAAAAUAGUACCCAGUUUUAUCCGUGAUGAUUUGGAUUUCCUUAAUUACAUUCCAGAGGAAGUACAACAAAACACAAUUCUUGUAAGUUUUGAUGUAACCAGUCUUUACACCAACAUCCUACAUUACUUGGGACUUGAAGCUGUCAAAUUUUGGAUGGAAAAAUAUCCAACAGAAACGAAUGAAAGAUUCUCUAAAGAAUUUAUACUUGAAGCCCUUCAAGUAGUUUUAGAAAAUAACCAUUUUCAUUUUGAUGAGCAAUUUUACCUUCAAAUCAAGGGCACAGCUAUGGGUACCAAAGUGGCCCCAACUUAUGCCACUCUAGUUAUGGGUUACUUGGAAGAAAAGCUAUAUAGUAAACUUCCGGAAAUAUUUGACGAAACUUUUGUACAAUACAUUCGCCAAAACUGGAAAAGGUACCUUGAUGAUAUUUUUAUCUUUUGGAAUAAAACUGAAGACGAUUUAGAAAAAUUCCAUACGGUAAUAAAUCAAUUACAGGAAUCAAUUCAGUUCACAAUGGAGAUGAGUGACAGACAACUUCCAUUUUUGGACCUCCUUCUAAUUAAGGAUGAUACCAAAAUUAUUACAGACCUGUACUGCAAAGAAACAGAUUCGCACCAAUAUUUGGAUUUCUAUUCAUGUCACCCAUCACAUACUAAGCGUAAUAUUCCAUACAAUAUGGCAAGACGUAUAUGCACAAUAGUAACCGAUACAACUUUACGCUUGAAAAGGUUAGAAGAAUUUAAAUCAUAUCUCCAAAAACAACAUUAUCCGGAGAAUCUUAUCAAUGCCGGAAUUGAAAAAGCAGAAAACAUUCCUACUUCUGUACUAAGAAACACUCGCCGCAAGGAUGAUAGUGAAAAAAGCGACAUCCCUUUUGUUGUGACGCACAAUCCACGCAACCACAAUAUUUUAAGAUCAGCCAGGAGAUUUUUUCCCAUUUUAGAACAAUCUCAGAAUCUAAAAGACAUCAUCAAGGAGUCUCAAAUUAUUAAUAGCAGAAGACAGGCACCCAAUCUGAAGAAAAUCCUAACCAGAGCAAGAUUUGCAACACUCAAUGCCAAAGUCGUCAAAAAGUGCUGUGACCCACGUUGUGGAACAUGUGAAUAUCUGGAGGAGGGAAGCGAAAAAACUUUAAAAUGUGGUAAAAAAUUAACACCAAACGCCAACAUGACCUGUAAAUCAGAAAAUGUUAUUUACUGCAUAACCUGUCCGACCUGUGAUGAAAACUACAUAGGACAAACCGGCAAACUGAACGCACGAGUGCGAGUCCAUAAACAACAAAUUCGGGACCCUAGCGUAAGGAAUACGCCGUGCAGUGAGCACUUUGCUACCUGUGGGAAAGGGAAAUUUAAAUUAUUUCCAUUUUAUAAAAUGCACAAUGACUGUGAAAUAUCCAGAGUAGCAAAGGAGGACUACUUCAUUAAACUAUUUAACCCAAAACUUAACAGAAAAUAA